AUGUCUGCCUAUAAGUUUGAUAGUUACAAGACUUCAGACUUCACGGCUUGCGAUCGUCCCAGUUUAAUGCUGGACGCGGAGGCAGUGAAGCAGUUGCGCAAUCAGUGGAGCGACUACAUUUUUAGCCUUCCCAAGACGCCCUUUGAAUUGCAACUGGCCAAAGCUCGAGCGGAUCGAGCUCUCGAACUGGUCAGGAGCAAUCAAAGGGCGUCUGUGAAAACCAAGGCACCAACCACUCCGAAAAACUGCCGUCGUCCCCUCACAGAUCUUCAUAAUUCACCACGUAUUACCAGCCGAUUGAAACAGGUUGUCGAGACUCGAAUGCAGCCUUCCAAAAUUAAGGAGCCCAACUCGCAAUACAAUCUGUGUCCCCGAUGUGGUCUCGUCAAGGACUCCAUUUUCAAUCACGAAAAUGCCGAAAGGCGACUAAAGAAGUUGUUGCAACUACAUCCCAGUUUGAUUCCAAAGGAAAGGUAUAGAAAGUCGCCAAGGUAUUUGAGGAUACUAUAA